UCUGUGAGAGGCGUUAGUGAGUGGCUCUCAGAGUGUCCUCCUGUCUUCUGGGAUUACGCGCUCUGGACAGCGCUGGGCAGCAGGAGGAGAUCUCCGCUCACUGAAGAGACUUCUCGGGCUUUUUGGACGAGUUGUUACGGACAUGGAGGGCUGGAACCGGGACACGAAACACGGCUCACUUCUGUAGUUUCUCUGGAUGGCGAGUGGCUCCUCGUGCAGCUUUCUCUGUCUCGUUUCUCCUGAUGGGUUUGGGCUCUGGCGGGCCGAGAUGAGAACUAAAUGAGUGUGAAAUCCACAAAACUAGAGCUGCGUUUGAGAAGUUCACUCUGCUGUGGACGAACAUGAGGCAGUUUUACAGAUCAGGGCUGGGAAAUAACUCACAGUGUGAACUGUGGGGCUUAAUUCAGCUGUACUGCGCCCUGAGGGGAUCGUCUCGUUGUGAGGCCUAACGCUGCUGCUCUCACUCGGCCUCCAUGGUCAUUCCACUGAGACACAGUCCAGUAAAUGAAGGGAGAUGAAGGAUCAUGCCUGGACGGGUCUCACUGAGAGAAGAUCCGGAGUCCACAGUGGAGCGUCUGUCCUGUAGAGGCUCAGAGCUGAAACCACGGCUGAGCCAGAUCUCAUUAAUAACACAGUUAUUAACUAACACUAACAGUUCUCAACCUGCAGGAACUGCUGUUCUUUAAUUCAGUGCAUAUUUAAAAGCCCACUGUAAGACCCCCGAGAGAGAGAGAGAGUUAUCUGACCUACACUGACUGCUGCUGUUAGAGUGAAACAGGCUUAUGAGAGCGGCUCGUGCGGGAAUCAGUGGACAGGCCGGGGGGCAGCGCGCUCGGAUUAUGUGUAUAGGUGGUGUUUCUGCGCGGCAGAAAUGAAGGAAAAGUCCAAAAAUGCGGCGAAGACGCGGAGAGAAAAAGAAAACGGGGAGUUUUAUGAACUGGCCAAACUGCUGCCUCUGCCCUCGGCCAUCACCUCGCAGCUGGACAAGGCCUCCAUCAUCCGCCUGACCACCAGCUACCUGAGGAUGAGAGCGGUGUUCCCGGACGGUCUUGGAGAGGCGUGGGGUCAGCAGUCCCGCAUCAGCCCACUGGACAGCAUGGCUAAAGAGUUAGGAUCCCACCUGCUGCAGACUCUGGACGGGUUUGUGUUUGUCGUUGCGUCUGAUGGUAAAAUCAUGUACAUCUCUGAGACCGCCUCGGUUCACCUCGGCUUAUCUCAGGUGGAGUUGACAGGUAACAGCAUAUUCGAGUACAUUCACCCAUCUGACCAUGACGAGAUGACCGCAGUGCUGAGUGCUCAUCAGCCGCUGCACCCACACUUUCUACCAGAGUACGAGAUGGAGCGCUCCUUCUUCCUCAGGAUGAAGUGUGUGUUAGCUAAACGGAAUGCAGGACUGACGUGUGGUGGUUAUAAGGUGAUCCAUUGCAGCGGCUACCUAAAGAUCCGUCAGUAUGUGAUGGACGUGUGUCUGUAUGAGUCGUGUUAUCAGAUCGUGGGGCUGGUGGCUGUGGGUCACUCUCUGCCCCCCAGCGGCAUCACAGAGAUCAAACUACACAGCAACAUGUUCAUGUUCCGCGCCAGCCUGGACCUCAAGCUCAUAUUCCUCGACAGCAGAGUGGCAGAGUUGACUGGGUACGAGCCACAGGACCUGAUCGAGAAAACACUGUACCAGCACGUGCACGGCUGUGACGUGUUCCACCUGAGAUACGCACACCAUUUGCUACUGGUGAAGGGGCAGGUCACCACAAAGUAUUACCGCAUGCUGUCCAAGCAUGGUGGCUGGGUGUGGGUCCAGAGCUACGCCACCAUCGUCCACAACAGCCGAUCCUCUCGCCCACACUGCAUCGUCAGCGUCAACUAUGUCCUCACAGACGUGGAGUAUAAGGAGUUGCAGUUGUCUCAGGAUCAGAGCAGGCCCAGGGCGGCGCUCUCCUAUAAGACCUCCCUGCCUCCCCCACCGGACACCCGCAAACAGCUCAAAGCCAAGCCAGCCAGGAUCAAAACCAAACCCAAAAUAUCUCCGUACCCACAGAUAUCCAUGUCCUCUGAUAAGCUGGAAUCUCCUCCGGGAAGCGGCUGGAAGUCCAGUCCCCCCUGCAGUCUGUCAUCCUGCCAGGAACAGAGUCCAGUCUCACUGCCUCCUGUCUCCCUGCCCGUCCCAGAGCCAGGCGAGGUGCUGCCUUACAGCCUGCCGCUGCCUUACCCCUACGCACACACUCACACACAGCACCUUCCCACGGACUGCAGGAAGUUGCGGGCAGCGGCGAGUUCUCCUGAGCAGGCAGCGGGCCAGCUGCUCUCCACCCUGCCAGCCCACGGGGACAGCCACUGGGGCAACAACAGCUCCUCAAAACACACCAUAAACCCCCAUGCACUCAACUCCAAACCCCCUCUACACCCCCACUCUGGCAGCCCCACAGCAACACCCGGCAAUAACACUUACACAGAUCGCGGUACAGUGAGCAGGGGCUUCUCCAGCGAUCCACUGCAUGAUGGCUUCAGCGGCUGCUCCUCUUCCAGACCCUGCAGCCGCUUUAAAGAGGAGCCGUAUGAUCAUCACUCUCUGGGCCAGGGCAGGCCAGAGAGCCGCCUCCACGCCCCUAUACAGAGCGGUGCAGAAGCUAGGAAACUGCAGCUCCUUCGGGACAGCAAAGACCCAGCAGAGAGGGGCGAGAUGUCCGUCCCGUGUCCACUUCUGGCAGGAGGAAUGCUGGGCAAGAGUAAUUGCGAGCAGCCUCGGAUGUCCCAAGGCCUCAGCCAGCAUCUCCCCAUGCAGAUGGUCCUAGAGCAAAGACGCAGGCUUCGCUCAGCCGAGGCGCCAUUUGAACCCCAAUCGGGACACCUUGGGCACUGCGACAGCAACGGAGAGCGCAGAGUGGCCAGGGGGGAAGAGAGGAGGGUACUGAUGGGAAUGGGCCUCCAAGCACAGUCUCCCUUCGUCUCUCUGAACUUUCACCACGUCCUGGCCAAGCACGGCUCCUUCCCGGCCACGCCCUACUCACUGAGUCACCUGACGGACAGCUACGGUUACAGAGGGGAGGAGCUACACCCCUACUUGUACCGAGGCCAAAGCCCGGCCUCCAGCCCCUCCCCCGAAAGCCACAGCGAGAUACCACACUACAUCGGCACCUCGGUCAUCAUCAGCAAUGAGAGGUGACAAAGCUCAGAGGUCGGGUACUGAGGACGCUGAGGCCCUACUCACUAUGUAGCGCACUAUUUUGGGGGUCUGUUGUUUUGUAAUGGUGUCCAAAAAUAAAUAAUAGGGGCAAAAUUUUGAUCCCACAAUGCCCCACAAAAGGUAGUCUACAAACAGUGUACCCCAUUGGACACAAAAUACCCAUAAUGCACUGUGUUGUUUGGUUUGGUCAGAGGAGGCUAGCGGUUCAGCUCACAUAAUGCUACAGUAGCACUGAGGGAAUGCCAUAGAGUCAUAAGGAAACUUGUAUAACGUUAAUAUACAAAUUUGUAUACUUGAAUCAAAUCUGGUUCCCUGUAUUGUUCUAGCGUGCUCCUGAUUUCCAGUGUAGGGAACAGUGAUCAAGUAUUGAUUUUGAACACAGUGUAAGACAAAGCAAUUGAUGAGUGUGAACCUCCUCGAUGCUUCAGUGCGUCAGACAUAGACACAGCUGCAGCCAAUGCCAGCCUCCAUGUGGAGCAGCACACAACUUCAGGUACUGAGUAUAUUCUAUUUUUGCAAGAAACUUAGCCAAUAGCAAGUGUUCAGUAAGACAGCAAAGAGUGAUUUUAGUCACAAUGCUGGGAACUGGUGUGAUAUCCAACAGCCAUCCAGGGAUUUCCCUCUGAAUGUCCUCAUAUUUGCUGCCAUCCUGAACAGUUUGUGUUGAUGAGAUGGUGAAUAUGCAAGAACAGAUGUCCUGACAUCCUGCCACCCAUACCUUCGAAUUCAAUAAAACAACACUGAGAUCCUGAUAUUGUAUAAGUGAAUGUCACAGCCCCCAGUACAAGGACAUUCCCAAGGGUUUUACUUACUAAAAAGCUGUAUGAUGGCCCAAAGGUUUCAGCAGCACUUCAGCUGUUGUAAAGGAAAGCAAGCUGAAAUAAAACCUUACAUGUCAAUUGUUGCUGUUUUGCAUAAUUUAGAAAUGUCACCUGCCUUUUACACUGUGUCAAAACUUUAUGAAGAAGUGACCAAUAGAAAUGAUCCAAAAUGACAUAUAAUAAAAUUGUUUUACAUUAAUUUGCAUUGAAAUUUCCAAACCUUUUUUUCGUUAUACUGUAAAGUUACUUUUUAGGAGAUACAAGGUUUUGUUCCGAUUUGAUACUGAGCUCCUAAAGUGCCACUGUGAAAUAAAUACUGCAACGACACUGCAUUCCCAACUUUUUGUGUUCCAUUGUAGUAGUUUUGCAGUCCCUCGCAAAAGUUUGGUGUGCAAAAUCCGUUGUAUUUGCAAGGGAAGGGAAGGUUAUUGUGAGGGAACACAAAAUCAUUAUGAAGCAGUGUAAAAUUGUGUGAGCGAGCUCUAAAUUAUUGAGAGGGAAUGCAAAAUGAUUGCAAGAGAACGCAAUGCCAUUUUUUUAAAACCAUGGCCCCUUAGAGGCUCUGUAAAAAAAAUGGAACAAACUAUCACAACAGGAAUAUAAGGUUUAUUAAUGGUCAUCUGCUAUGGAGCCAAUUUCCCAGGUGCUGCCCCAAGUUCUCUGUUGCCUAACAACAGUACAGCACCACGCUUAAACAAAAUAUCCAUUAUACCAAAAUGCAAAGAAAUAACGACUGUAUUUAUUCCUCACGCACAAUACAUUUCACUUAUUUAUGAGGCAAAACGAAGAGUGUAAAUUACAAAAAAUGACACCAAAUUACAUUAAUAUGAUAAGAAAGUAUUUUGCUUUGAAUCUGAA